GUCAUCGCCAUCUCACACAAUCACAAAGCAAAAAUGCCACCACCACCACCACCACCGAUGCCUCGAGUGCCCGAGGGCUGGCGCCCGCAGUUCGACGACCGCUAUCAGGAAUGGUUUUAUGUGAACCUUCUCACAGGACAAUCACAAUGGCAGCGUCCCGACCGACCAGCGCAACCGAGCGGCCCUGCACCCCCUCCUCCACCCGCAGGCCCACCUCCCAGCUACGAAGCCAGCACACCUCGACCCAUGAACGACGGCAAAUCGUCCCCGUGGCCGCCGAACCGCGACAGUCGCAGCAGUCCCUACCCAACCCCGCAGUCAGGCUACAGCCCGAGCCCGUACCCGCCACAACCCCAAUACAACACCCCUCCUCCGCAGAACCAGUAUCCCAACCAAUAUCCGCCCCAGUAUAACAACCCGUAUCAGAAUCCGUACCAAAACCCAUACCGCAAUCCGAACGAUCCAUACCCGUAUCAAUAUCAGUAUCAGAAUCAAUACGCUCCUCAGUACCCAGCGCAAUACGCCCAGCCGCCACUUCAGCAGCAGCAGAUGCCACCGCAGCCAGAGCAGAAGAAGAAACGCGGGUUGGGGAUGGGCGGUGCCGCGGCGUUGGGAGUCGGGGGUGGUUUGCUUGGUGGAUUGUUGCUGGGUGAGGGCAUCGAGCAUCUUGAGCAUGACUUUGAUGAUCCUCCUCCUGAUGACUUUGGGCCCGGGCCGGAUUUCGAUGAUGGGUUCUUUUGAGGAGGUGCGAAUUGUUAAGAGUGAUUCGGCGUGGAUGGCUACUUCAGCUUAUGGAAUGCUAUGAUGAAUUGGUCCACGAAGCACGGCUACGGGAAAGAGAUAUUUAUCGCAGGGUAAAGACAUGCAGUUUAGAAUUAUUACAAAGAAGAGAGUAUCUAGGUGUAUGAUGUUUUGGAAUAUACCCGAGGUCGGUCU